UCUUCUAUUUGUGUGACGUUUCGCAGUCUAUAUAAGUGACGCCGAGCUUUCAGAAGUCACAAGGCGCAAGAAUCUCAAGCUGUCAACAGUAACAAUGAAGAAGACGGCUAUCCUUCUGACCCUGCUGCACAUCACCGUCGGAGCCAACCUACCUGACCAAUUCAAGCUAUGCCACGUGACAGAACCCGAAACAAGCAGCUGUUUGAAGGUUGCUGUGCAGGACGCUUUGCAAAGGAUUGGUACAACAGGAAUUCCAUCCUUGAAUUUGGGGCCGCUUGAACCCAUGUUUGUUAAGGAGGUCAAGGUAGAUCAAGGGGGCCGUGGUCCAGUCUCAGUGAAGCUGCAAUUCACCAAUCUCAAGAUCUAUGGCAUCCCAGAAUCGAGCGUCACGAAAUUCGCACUGAACAACUAUGAGAUGAAGGCGGAAUCGUUGACGCCCGAAUUCAAGUUCGAAGCCGACUACGUCAUGGACGGACAGGUUCUUGUGUUGCCUAUCAAAGGGAAAGGCAGAUGUGUCAUAUCACUGGACUCGCUGACCACGAUCCAUGACAUCAGGGGUAAACCCGUGACCCGAGGGGGAGAGACGUAUUUAGAUCUUGAAAAGUACAUAAUCAACAUGAGCACCAAGAAACUGCAUCUUAGUUUCAAGAACCUCUUCAACGGGGACAAGGCCCUGGGUGACACGAUGAACACAUUCUUGAACGAGAAUUGGGAGGUUAUAUUCACCGAACUCAGGCCGGCGUUGGAGAGAGCCUUCGGAAAUGUGUUCCUCGAGUAUUCCAGAAACAUCUUCAAUAAUGUUCCCUUUAAUAAUAUUUUCCUGCCAUAAAAUCUACCACAAACUAAUAAAAUAUGCCUGUUUAUAUGUUCACACAUCUUACCUAAAAGCAGCUACAUUAAUUAGUAAAUACUUAUCAGUCCUCUCAGACUAGACUCGUAGCAGGUCCUGCAAAUUAACUCAAGGCCAACUUCAUUUAACAGAAAUAUUAUAGUUACCUCAUUAUCUACGAGAUGGCGACACGAUACAUUAAACACAGGUACGGUAUCCCCAUCCACUCGUGAUCUUAGAUUUCUAGAAAAGGAUCCAUGUUCUUCGUUUUUAAUUUAGCCGAAAAAAGGUCAUCUAAGCAAUGGUUUUCAAAAUAUGCUUACUUCAGACGCGUUUUACAACAACGCUUCAGAUAUUACUUUCAAAAGAUUUGGAUUAUGUAUAUUAUUUUGAGGAUGUCAUAAAUUAUAAAUUCACAAGAAUGCAUCGCGUUAUGUAUAUUUUCUUAAAUUACCUUCAAUGUUUCGAGAUGAUAACUAAAAUAUUAAUAUCGUCUGAUUUCAAUUAUCCGAAAGAAGCAAUCCGUAUUCUGGAAACAUUUUAUUGCCUUGUAAAUAUCAUAACCUAAUAAAAUAGAUGACUUAGGCGCAUAUAACGCCAAGGAAUAAUAUUUGUGCUAUAAAAAUACUGAAAACGAAGCAGCAAAGCCAGAGACCACAAAGAUUUUUAUAGAAUAUAAACGUUAUCGUUUCACACACCACUUGCAAAUUAUAUUAAUAUCAGCUGUUCAAAAAAUGUUUGUUACUGUUGCAGUAAGGAAUUUCUUAUACAAAUGUCUCGGCGUGCCGUUCAAUUCCAUAUCUAUGUCUCGAGAGUCACAGUUACCCAUCUUUAACAGCACCGGCAUCAAAAUACAUAAUAUAUUACCAGCACGUUUAGUAUUUAACAGGCGUGUCAUCUUUAGAUACACCAAAAAACUUAGUCUACUGGAUCAACUGCUAUAUUAGCCCUUUUUGAAGGACUGGAUCUUUUCACUGUGAUGAAAAAAUGUAAGAGAAAUAAUACAACCUUCCACUUUCAUUUAUUUACAGCUGCGAUUAAAAAGAAAAUGGAGUUGGAAACUUACUAAAUUCUUUACGGCUGUCUAGAAAACAUUGUUACUUGCUUGUUGACGUUAUCAAAGAAAAUAAAUGAUUCUGUUAUGGAA